GUCCCAGCAUGCUGCGCAAGGCGCUCGGAGCGCCCGGCCACCGCCGUAAGUGCGGGCCGCAUCAAUGGAGCGUCUAGCGUAAAGCAAAGCCUGCCACGGUCCGCAAGGCCGGUACCUGCUCCAGGAUCGCGAGUGCCGGGUGUGGGCCGUGCGCGUGCGCGCCCAGAAGGGGCGUGAGGCGGGCGCGCCGGGUCGUUGGGAGCGCGUGGCUGCUGAGGUUAGCGGCAACGGUAUCCCGAGCGCUACAAACCGGUAGUUGCGGGGCCUCCCCUCUCGCCGGGGCUGCGCGGAGCCCUGGCGGCCACUGGGGACCGUAAGGGGCGGAGGAAAGGAGGGGGCAAGCUUCGGCACUCGGAGGAACAGCCGAGCAUGCCCCGAGACAACAUGGCCUCCCUAAUCCAACGGAUCGCUCGCCAGGCGUGCCUCACCUUCCGAGGCAGCGGGGGUGGCCGCAGCGCUUCCGGCUGCGGCGGCCCCGAGGCGCCGAUGCCGCAGGGCUUCCCGGAGAACCUUAGCAAACUGAAGAGCCUGCUGACCCAAGUCCGCGCUGAGGACCUGAAUAUCGCCCCACGCAAAGCCACGCUGCAGCCGCUGCCGCCCAACCUGCCACCCGUUACCUACAUGCACAUCUACGAGACGGACGGCUUCAGCCUCGGCGUGUUCUUGCUCAAGAGCGGCACGUCCAUCCCGCUGCAUGACCACCCAGGCAUGCACGGCAUGCUCAAGGUGCUCUACGGCACCCUGCGUAUCAGCUGCAUGGACAAGCUGGAGGCAGGCGGCGGGCAGCGGCAGCGGACCCCACCCCCAGAGCAGCAUUUCGAGCCUCCGUUGCAGCCCCGGGAGCGGGACGCCAUCCGGCUGGGGGUGCUGCGCUCGCGGGCCGAGUACACCGAGGCCAGCGGCCCCUGCGUCCUUACGCCGCACCGGGAUAACUUGCACCAGAUCGACGCUGUCGACGGGCCCGCCGCCUUCCUGGACAUCCUGGCUCCGCCCUACGACCCCGACGAUGGCCGGGACUGCCACUAUUACCGGGUGCUGGAACCCGUCAGGGGCAAGGAGGCCUCCGGAUCGACCUUUGACCUGCCCCGAGAGGUGUGGCUCCUGGAGACCCCGCAGGCUGAUGACUUCUGGUGCGAGGGGGAGCCCUAUCCAGGUCCCAAGGUCGUCCCUUGAAGCAGCGAGCGCCCGGUAGCGGUGGGCCGAAGACGUGUCCUACUCAGAUCAGGGCCUGGCUGCCAGCGACCCACCACAAGGGCUCUCUCCCUACUCCCAGGCCACCUGGGCAUUGGAUCUACUGAAGUGGACUGUAGCCGCUUCCUCAGGAGUCUUGGGAAGCAGGGCAACUGGACUGAAGCCACCUGGCAUGGUUAUGGGGGCGGGGUAGGCGGGGAGGCUAGGUUGUUUCCUGGCUUGCUCACUGCCACCAAAGUUUUGAUUUGAGGGGAGGCGAGCAGGGUACUAUCUGAAGCGCUUCCAUCCUAAAGCCAUAGUGAAAAUAUUCUUCCCUCUGUUCCCCAUUCUGUACAAAAUACACUGAAAGGUUUUUCUCCCUCCGCCUUGGGUAAAUAAGGUUUAUUUUCCGCUUAAGUCCUUACGCUCUUUUCUCCAUAUUACAGUUUUAAUUUAUUGACUCUGCAUGACCCAGUGGGUUUGAGUUGUUUUUAGUUUGUCAGGUCAUUGGUUAAAAAUUAGGUUUAAAGAGAUGAGCUACUGUUUAAAAGUAAGCUGCCCUGUCUGAUUAACUCGUUGUGAAAUUUAAAUCAUUCUUCCAGAGUUGGGGGAUCAUCCCCAAAACAGAACUAUGCAUGUAGGGGAUAAGAUAUUCUUUCCUCCCUUUGCCCAGUAGCUACAUCUGGUUUAUUCUAACAGCAGUGACUAAGGAAUUCACACCUACAUAUUUCAGUGACAAAUUUUCACAUAAAGUCUAUCUUCCCUAUGAGUCUCCAGAUUUGUGAGUUGAGCAGAUUUCUUGUUGCAAAUUCACCUUCAGUGCAAAAACUAUAUUGUCCUCGUUACUUUUUUUGUCAUGGUAUAGGAAGUGGUAGGGUAAUUUUGUGUUUUCUAACCAGAAGAUUCAAAGAUGCUGAAUCUGUAUGCUUCCAAACAACUGAAUGUAAAACACCCCUAGCCAACUGUUGAAUUCCAUGUCCUUGUGUACUUCCAACAAUGUUAACGACUGUUUUUAGAUUUUCUCAGCCAUAUUCUUCCAGAGAGCUGGUGGUUCUAGCUGUGUUGUUGGUGGCUCUGUUCUCAGAACCCUCACCCUCAAACUGGAGAGCCAGUGAUAGCUUCAUCUAGUGUGGUUUUCUAUAGGAAAAGAAAAGGCACUGGUGAUCCAGCCUACAGAACUGAGAAUUAACUAUACUGCUGGCCGUUUUAGGAUUUAAAAACUCGGGGCAAAAUACUUCCCACUCCCAGCUUUAACAGUUGUGCUAUCUGUGACUAGUUUUAUUUUUUGUCAGUUUUAUAAGCUGAGCAAGUGGACCUUGUUUGAAACACUGACACCAUUUGCUUCAGGCCAUGGAGCAUUAUUGUUUUCUUUCUUUUUACUAUUUAUAGGAUUCCUUUUUUCCACAGACUUUGAGUUAAAACUAGAAAUAAACACAUUAAAAUUUGCCCAGCUGUCAUCUAAGCCCUGUUGAUUGUCUUGCCCAUGUGGCAAUCCAGUUCUAAUAUCUGUAAUACAGGGAGAUUUGCUAUCGGUGGAAAGUGUGGACCCUUUAGGAAAAAAAGUACGUGCCUUUGCUUCUUUAUGCAUACUGGGUCACAGAGGCCCAGAGUGAAGGGAUAUUUGUUCCCAAUUUUUAAAAUAGAGUGAAAAAAGAUAAAUUCUUGAUGAAUGGUGUUUGUUUUGUUUUUACAAAAAAGAUGCUUAUUGAAGGUGACAUGCUACUAUGUUAUAACACCUGACACAGACAUAAUGCCAAGAAUUUUCUCUAGGGUUACUAAUGUUUUAUGGUAGCUUCACUUUGUGGCGUGGUUUAAUAUGCCUUGGGGGCAGUUUGAAGUAGUUCAAGUAUUCAGUUUGAAAAUAAGUUUUAGUUAUGCAAAUGAUGAUUUUCUUAGAAAAGUUGUCAUCAAAUGGGCAUUUUUCAUAGCACAGUAUGAACAUGUUUGGUUAUUGAUCACAUGGCUACCUGUUUUGAAUUAUAUUGUAACAAAAAGAUGAUAAACUUACUAAGAUUGUGGAUAGUAAUGUGCAUGUUAUAAUACAGCCUAGGGUAUAGUAAAUUAACCCACAAAAACUCAUUCUGGUAAUAGGGCAGUAAUAAAGGAGAAAUAUUUUUUCCAAACUUCUUUAUGAAAAGUUUUAAAGUUCUCAAGUACAAGCAAAUCGAAUGAAAACAAAACAAAACAAAACUAAGGUGCUUUUCAAAAGAAAAACUGAAAUUGUUGCAGGCCAAAACAGCAAUAUAUCUCUAGUUCAAAAGGAACAGUGACACUUUUGGUUCACUAAUAAAUUUUGAAUAAAUUAAUGCAGAUCACAAAAUGUAACCUGUUUUAGUGAGCCACUAAGAAAAGAAUAUUCUUACUACAAAGACAGAAGUGCAAAACCUGCACCUUUCUGCAUAAACUGUCAUGACUAUCUUUAUGUGCUGCUAUUGUGUUUCCAUGUAUUCCUGCAAUAUAGACUGUUUUAGUAACAACUGUGGGAAAAAGUUGUCUUCCCUCCAAAGACUAAUGAGCACAAUGAUACUCAUCACAACUUUCCUGUUGAAUAUCAUGCAAUAACUUCCUCUGAUGGGUAAGAAAUUGUCUGUCUAAAUACUUCUAAAGCUUUUUAAUUUUCUGGUUAUAUCAGUGGCCACUUACAUGAAUGGAGAGUAUUGUAUCUACCUACUACUAUAAGAGAAUUGAUUUUUUACUGUCUGAUUUGCAUGGAUUGAGUUUAUACCAGUUGCUGUUUAUUAAUGAAAAUGGUAAGCCUCUUUUUAAAGUAGUAUGUGUUUGUCAACAGGAGUGGGUUCUUUUGACUUUUUAACACUAGUACCCCUUAACUCCUCCCAAAAGCUUCUCCUUUUGUUCCCCCUUUUGCUUGUCCCCUUGUAGGUGCCUCAGUCUUGGCAUCCCAGAAGGACUCUCUCAUCACCCAUCUGUUCCAAACGACUUUGAAAUUGUGCUACGGCUCUACUGCUCAGUGAAGAAGCAAUACAUCUUUAAUUCAGGGCUCUGCUCACUGCUAUUCAGCUCUAAGAACCUGAGGGCAGUAACACUCAUGUAACUCUCCUGGGCUGAACUAAGGACCACUGAUCCCUUUAGAACAGAGGCAUCUACUGUCAUUGAAGAAAAUCAUUUGUUAAGCCCCAUAUAAAUACUGAAUCUUCAGAUCCAGGGAUGUUUACAUUUCUGGAUUAAAAUCAGUGUACUUAUGGAAAAUAAAGGUAUGCUUGAAAUUGUUUAGAGGUAAAUCUUAUUAGUGCACAAUGGAGAAGGGAAAUACUGCUAUAGUGACUAUAUUUUAAUUACUGUUAAAGGUUCAUGGUCUGUCUAUACUGUAAGAUGAUGUGCUAAAAACUGGUGACCUGCAGAUUCUAAAGUUUAUUUCCUUGAGAGUGAGCUCUGAAACAUCUGAAACUAUUUAAUGCUUAAUCCUACUAUUUUGCUGCAACAAAAUACCUUUUCAUUUAACCUAAGGAAAAUAAGCUAGUUCAAGAAAAAAAUACUUUCAUCCACACAGGAAAGAAUCUUUAGACUUAAAAAUUUUCUUGUCCUUCUACUGUUAAAUUUGUUGGGACUGGAGGCAUUUUAGGCACUUGGAGUGAUGCUGACCAUUCUUACACACACACACAUACACACAUUGUUUGGACUGUUAAAAAAUACCACUACAGUCAUUUUUAACAUUUACAUAUCCAACAAGGUGGCUUAGUUCCGUUAGCAGUUAGGAUAUUGAAAUUAAAUAGCCUGGUGUAUGAAUAAUUUAAAAGCUUAUUUAGAUUUAACAGACCUAUUUUUAAUGUGCACUGAACCAUCUCAAGAGAUGCAUUAUGGUCGUUUAAGAGUUAACUCUCCAAAAGUUUAAUAAAGAAUUCCCAGUAGCAGCUGAAAUAUCAAUAAUUACUCAAUAAAGCAUUGACUGUAAUAAGGAACAGAUUGACUUUAUAUGCUUUAUUUUCUUGAGCAAGUAAAAAUGAGACACCUGUGAAAAGUACCUGAAUCUUUCAAGCCAAAAAUAAAAUCUGAUUCAAGAUUGUUGAAAUCGAGGAGUAAAAGCCACAAGUUUGA